AUGUCUCGCUAUGUUCUCUUCUAUGGUGCGCCCUCGGCAACUGACCUUCGAAGCGAUCAUGAGUGGAAAUCCAUUUCUCCCGAUUUCGCCAAUCGCACCACGUACACACUCCCACCCUCUACCCUUGCGUCCGCGAACAGGCGAAUAUCCAACAUGUACGAAAACGUCAUCUUCAUGGACCAAGACGAUGUUUCAGAGGAUAUAGAGGAGGACUCAGCGGAGACGACGGCUAUCACUUGGCCCCCUACUUUCCAGAGAACGGACGGCAGUCUGUCCAAGGCAUACCUCUCCCGGAACUCUCUCGGAGGCUCUCGCUUUCUCUCUCAGUUCACACAAGAGACCCAAGACAAUUUUGCCGACUCCCACACGUCCUCCAUCAUCGACUUCCCCGCCUUCCACUUCAGCCUCCACUCCCUCACAUCCCUCGACAAUCUUCUCGCACGAGCAUCAUAUGAUAUCCAGCAUGGCCUCCGACAGAAGCAAUCCCAGAAGAUCAACCUGCUUGCUGCCGUCCUAGAUAAGGGCCCCGAAGCCGGCACCGAGAUCUCGGUGCUGAAGCUCGUCCUCGGCGACGACUCCGACGGCAUAUGCCAGCUCACGGCGUGGCGGGGCGUCGCAGACGAAUGGGCCGGCUACUCGACAGGAUCUCCGUCCAUCAAGAAAGGGGACGUCGUGUUCAUCGAAAACCCCGAUGCCCCGCCCGUCGCGUGCUCGGCUUCGCCGCAGUACAAGUCCACUCUUAUGAUCUGCUACAGGACUAUGCCCGCGGUCGCGGAGGAUGCGCGUUUGCGCCCUGACCUCCGGUUGGGGCUCAGCGACGCUGCCGUCCGGAAGGUUGCAACCCUUGUGAGAUGGUUCGAAGGCAUGGCGGGCCUCUCAUGA